CUCAAGUAUUUACAUUUUAUCGUACGUAUAAUUUAAAAACUACUCUUACUUAAUAAAGCUCAUUGUAGUGAUCUAAAAAAUCAAGUGAUUUGUAUUUCUGAAAGUUUUCUAAACCAGCGAUGGCAAAGGUUAAAAACAAAAGGAAAAACUUGGCUGACACUUAUGCCCAAAGACGUAAGGAACGCCAAUUGGUGAAAAAAACGAUUUCGCCUUUUGAGGUGCAUGCCUUCAAAGAUAAAAAGCAGGUUCUGGGUCGAAAAUUGAAAAAUGAAAAAGGCCUCCCGGGCAUAUCCAGAGCAAAAGGUAUUGAGAGACGUAAAAACACACUUCUCGUAGAGUACAAGGUCAGGGACAAGGAUAACUUGUUCCUCGACAGAAGAAUCGGAGAGAGGAAUGCUGGCAUGACAGAAGAGGACAAAGCAAUGGCUAGAUUCACUCAUGAAAGAAUAAAGGCUCAGAAGAAGAACAUAUACAACCUGAAUGAUGAGGAAAUGUUGACUCACAGAGGCCAGGCUUUGAUUGAUAUUGAGAAGUAUGAUGACCCUAAGAGUGACGAGGAAAGUGAUGAAGAAAAGUCAGGAAAUUUGGGCAAAAAAUUUGUAGAAGAGGCGCAUUUUGGUGGUGGCAUGUUAUCCAAGCCAAAAUCCGAAAUGUCCAGAAACGAUAUAAUAAGUCAGCUGAUUGCUGAGUCCAAGAUGCGCAAGGCUGAGAGACAGAUGACCAAAGAAAAGACUUUGCAAUUGACAGAAAAGUUGGAUUCAGAGUGGAAAGAUUUAAUGCCGCUGCUCGCGUCCUCUAAAGCGUCUAAAAAUGAUGUUGAAGAAGAAAAAAUUGAUGACUACGACCGAGCUCUGAGGGAAAUGAAGUUUGAAGCCAGAGGAAAUCCUACAGAUAAGCUUAAGUCAGAGGAACAAAUUGCCCAAGAAGAAGAAAGUAAGCUAGAAAAGCUCACAGCUGAAAGAAUAGCUAGGAUGAAGGGAUUUUCAGAUGAGGAUGACUUUAAGAAAAAGCAUCGAUCAGCUGAUGAUUUAGAUGAUUUUAAAAUCGAGACCAUUGAAGAAAAUUCAGAUGAUGAGGAAAAAGAGGAUGUUCAAGGAAUCUUAAAAAAUGGUAAACUUAAUGAAGAUAAUGAAAAUAGUGAAAACGAUGAUGAUGGAGAUGAAAAAGGUUCAAAUACUCAAAGUGAUGGUGAUGCAGAAGAUGGUGAUGAAGAAGAAGGUGAUGACGAGGAAGGUGAUGAUGAAUCAGGUGGUGAGGAGGAAGAGGGAUCUGGAAAUGAAUCAGACGACAAUUUAUCCGAUUUAAAAGCUUCUGAAUCAGAAUCAGAUGAAGAAAGAGAUGAAGUAAAAUACAAAGAAAACUACGAAAAAGAGGAAAAAAAGCGUGAAAAAAAAGAAGCCCAUGUGCCGAAAAAUGAGGUUACUGAAAAAAGUUCUGAAAUUGUAGAGAAUGAAACUAAUGCAUGUGAUGAUGUUUUUCCAUGUGAGGAAGUGAAAACUCUGUUAAAAAAUGAAUAUAGCGAAACUAGUGUAGACAUACAAAAAAGGAAAGCAAAAUUAGAAAAGGCACGCAAAGAGUUGCCCUACACCUUCAAAGCACCAGAAACUUAUGAAGAAUUGUUGGAUUUGUUAAAAAAUAGAGAUUCAACGCAGCAAUCUGUUAUAGUUGAAAGAAUUAUAAAAUGCAAUAAUUUCAAAUUAUCCAACGAAAACAGAGAAAAAAUGUUGAAAUUGUUUAAAUUUUUACUUCAGCAUUUAGAUAAUUGUGCAACUGCAAAAAGUUUACCAAAACGUCUAGAAUUUUUUAAUAUUUUUGAUAGAUUAUGUCCACAGCUGUAUGACUUGAGAGAUGCCAAUAUUGAAGAAACUAAAACGUGCUUGCGAGACAUUCUAAAGUUAAAACAUGAACAGUUUGAAAAAAGGAUCAAGUACUAUCCUGGAUUAGAUACUCUCAUGCUUUUUAAAUUGGUGUCUAUUUUGUAUCCAACGUCGGAUUUCAGACAUCCAAUUGUCACACCAUGUUUGGUUUUUAUGUCACAAAUUUUACUGAGAUGUAAAGUUCGAAAAAAAAGUGACAUUACCAAAGGUAUAUUUGUAUGUACACUCAUCUUGGAAUAUACUGUACUAACUAAAAGAUGGUCUCCAGAAGUUGUCAACUUUCUUCGUGGUGUUAUCUACAUUUCAUUGCCAAAACCUUUCUCGAAACACCUCAAAGUCAUCCCACCAUUCAAACAAGUUGGGGAUUUUAGCAACUUAUUAGUGCUAGAAGAGAGUCAUAAAAAAACUGACUUUGACCCAGAAAAUUCAAAGAUGAACAUAAAGGAUCUUAUGGAAGAAGAAAUGGACGAUGAUUUUAGAAUUAGAACAUUCUUUACAGCUAUCAAUUUAUUGUGUGAGUUUGUUGCACAGUGUAGCGAACUUGACGCUGUUUAUACAAUUUUUGAGCCCAUAUUAGAUUUGCUAACUUGCGGUUCUGCGAAAUAUUACCCAAAAAAAGUUAGGAAAAAGAUCAAAUUCUUAGUUAGUGAAAUUGAAAAGUUGAAAGAGAAAAAAUUGGAGUAUCUUCAGUUUAACAAAAAGAAACCUAAAGCCCUUAGGAUGAUAGAACCACAAAUAGAGAAAGUGUACGACGGUAAGAAGCGCGCAAAUUUGACAGGACAACAGUUGGAGCGACGAAAGUUAUUAACAAAAUUGAAAAAUGAGAGGAAGAGCGCGAUGCGUGAAAUUCGCCGUGACAGCGCUUUCCUCGCCAAGGUGAAGCUGAAGGAGCAGAUCUCCGCCGACGAGGAGCGCAAGCGCAAGGUCAAGGAAAUCUUCGGCGAAGCUGCGAUGCAGCAGCAUGAACUCAAGAUGAUUAAAAAACAAAAAUUGAAAUGACGAUGCUGUUAAAAAUUGGUCGAUCAUUGUUUAUUUUUACGAUCGUGUAAUAUUCGUGUAAGUACCAAGUUACGAGAGUUGUAUAUUAAUUACA